AUGAAACGAACUCUUCCUACCUCGUCCGAUUCUAGUGGAGUGCAACCAUCGGAAAAGAAAAAGAAAUCCACCAUCAUACAAGAGUUGGGAUACACAGAUGAGGAAAAUCCAUUUAAUGACAAAACAUUAUCCGACAAAUUUGUGUGGACUAAAAAAGAUCCAUCAAAACAAUAUGACUAUGAUAACGAUGAUCAAUCACUGACGGAAAUGAAAAAGAACGAAAUUUUAAAAAUCAAACAACAGCGAUUGGAAAGAGAAUUAGAAAAGAGACGAUGGGAAAUGGAAAGAGAAAGGGUUUUCAGAGAACGGGAGGCCGAACGAUUUGAUGAAUAUGAGCAAAAAGAGCUUGGCUUUCAUUUAAAGCAAGCAAACCUUGCGUCUUUUAUCAGACUGAAAGAAAAGCGACCUAAACUGCUAGAUUUUAUUAUCAAUAACAUGAAAUAUUUAAGGUACAAGGAUAAAUUGCUUGGUGACGACUACGACAGUCACUUGAUGUUAAGUUCGGAACAUGAGAGAAUAUUCGGAGUAGAAUUUAAAAAGCCUCACGAGAUAUUAUAUCGUAAAAAUUUGAAGGAUUUAUUAGAUUCUCAGGAAGACUUACAAACCAUGAUAGAGUGUGACACAGAAUAUCAAGAGUUUUGGAGAGCUCUAAAUGUAAUCAUGAAUGAUGAGAUUAACUAUGCAAAGGAAAGAGAAAAAAGAAAAGAGAAUGCAAAACUAGAUGAUAGAACAAAACCUAUUCAUGAAUCAGUAGUAAAUGAAAUCAAGGAGCUCUUAUCUGGCAAAAAUAUGCAAGAAUUAUUGGAAAUGGAAAAAUUAAUUGAUGAUACCUUGGAUAACAGAGAUGCCUCAACAGACGUAGAGUAUUGGGAAGGUUUGAAAAAGUAUUUACAGAUUUACAAAGCUAGAACCCUUGUCGAAGAAUAUCAUGACAAGGCAUUAGAAGUAUACUCUGAAAUGAAGAAGACGAACAAACUGGACAGAAUAUUUACUCAUCACACUAGUAGCAGUAGCAGCUCUGAAUAUCAAACCACCUCCUCAAGCCGACAAGGCACCCCACAAGACAAUCAAACCUCCAACGAGGAAGAAAAACUAUUACGAGAGUUCAGAAACAAAGAAUCCGAAGAUGGAGACGAGGAUGCCGUAGAGGAAGUGAAACUUGUAAAUCAGCAAUAUGCUUGGAACGAUAAGUACAGGCCAAGAAAACCCAAGUACUUUAAUAGGGUGAGAACAGGAUAUGAAUGGACCAAGUACAAUAGAACUCACUAUGACCAUGAAAAUCCACCUCCAAAGGUAAUUCAAGGCUACAAAUUCAACAUUUUUUAUCCUGAUUUAAUUGACAAAUCCAAUACUCCUUCAUUUAAGAUUGAAAAGGAUCCAACAAGUGAUGAAUUUUCGAUUCUUAGAUUCCAAGCAGGCCCACCGUAUGAAGAUAUUUGUUUUAGAAUUGUAAAUAGAGAGUGGGAACGAUCUUACAAGAGAGGCUAUAAGUGUGUAUUUGAACGAGGUGUUCUUCAGCUCCACUUUAAAUUCAAGAAACUAAGAUUUAGGUAUUAA